AUGUCUGAAUUACAGCAGCCACCACCCGCGGUACAAGACGUGCCUCACAACGACGUGCCUCACAACGACGUGCCUCACAAUAGCCCUGGAUUAUAUCCCUCGCUUGAGACUGAGAAACGCAACUCCGUGGCCGAAUUGCCAGAGGACCAAGACUCGCCCAAAAAGAAACCCCUUUCCUUCUACUUUGCCUUUCUUUCCCUCGUCAUCAUGGUCCUCAUUGUAUCUAUCGACUCUACAGCCCUAGCCGUCGCCAUUCCUGUUCUCACCAAUCAAUUGCGCGGUACGACGCUCGCAGCCUUUUGGGCUAGCUUAUCCUUCAUGUUAUCCGUCGUCAUCACUCAGCCUCUCUACACGAGUGCCUCUGAUGUCCUCGGCCGCAAGCCUCUUCUAUAUACAGCCUUUAUCCUCUUUUUUAUCGGCUCCAUUGUCUUUGCCGUCGCCAAAAGCAUGUCCGUUGUCAUCCUUGGCCGUGUCAUUCAAGGUCUCGGCGGUGGUGGCCUCGAUGUGCUCAAUGAAAUCAUCGUCUGCGACAUAACCACCCUCAAGGAGCGACCCUUUUGGCUGGGUAUCUUGGCCAUUCCCAUGGCUGCUGGAGUCAUCCUGGGUCCUGUCUUGGGCUCCCUCUUUAGCGAGUACGUGGACUGGCGCUGGAUUGGAUGGAUCAAUUUGCCCCUCGUCGCCAUUAGUGCUGGCUGCGCCGUCUUGUUCAUGCACUUGAAGCCCAUGGAUGGAUCCUUCACCUCUAGGCUUAUCAGGCUCGACUGGCUCGGCAUGGCCCUAUUUAUCACCGGCUCUACCCUCUUUGCGUUGCCGCUGAGCUGGGCCGGUGCCUUGUACGCUUGGUCUUCGUGGAAAACAAUAUUGCCUUUUAUAAUUGGCGUCAUUAUUCUGGUUAUUUUCGCCAUUUAUGAAAAACGCCCUGCCGAGGCCGUCAUCCCUUAUCGUUUCAUGACCAACUUAACCACCUUGGCGACUCUAAUCGGAGGCUUUAUCCACGGUCUGGUGCUAUAUCCAUCGCUGCUCUACCUACCCCUCUUCUUCCAGUCUGUGUUCCUCGAGUCGCCUCUUCAGUCAGCUGUAUCCAUUCUCCCACUCUGCUGCAUUCUCAUUGCCUUUAGCAUCAUCACCGGCUUCGCCAUUGAUCACCUCCGCCGAUAUCUCUGGCUACUUUGGGCAUCUUGGGUCGCCAUGGCAGUUGGCACGGGAUUGUACGCACUCUGGGAUGAAAAGGCUACAGUGGCCAUGACGGCUGGGCUCCAGAUCAUCGCUGCCAUUGGCUUGGGCGUCCAGUUUGUCGUCCCUGCCGUCGCCGUUCAAGCAAGCGUAAAGCCCGACGACCAAGGCUUGGUUGUUGGUAUCCUUGUCUCGUUCCGUCUCUUCGGCGCUUUGGUUGGCCUCGCUGCCGGUUCCACUAUCUUCAGCAGCGUUUUCGCCACGUCCAUUGUAAAGGCGGAACCGCUUCCUGAGGUUCUGGCUAUCCUUCGCGACUCAUCGGAAGCUGUCGGGUUUAUUACCCACCUGCGUGAGGUUGACGUCUCCCCCGCAGUCAUGGUUGCCGUCCAACAGGCAUAUAGAGACGCAUUCCGAGCGUUAUGGUAUCUCAUGGCCAGUUUUAGCGCAUUUGGCUUUGUUUCUUCCUUGCUUGUUAAGGAGCUGUCUCUUGAGACAGAGGAGGUUGGGCGACAGAAUAUAGAACAGGACAAUGACAAGCAGGGCUCACCUUAG